GCAUGGAGCCCUUCUCACCGCCAGGACCAGGGCUUUCUGCAGAAAAGAGCUCCUCUGUGCCACAGAAAAACCAUCAUGUCCUGGUGGGCGUCACUGGAAGCGUGGCAGCCCUGAAGCUGCCUCUCCUUGUCGCUGAGCUGCUGAAAAUCCCUGGGCUCGAAGUGAAGGUGGUCACCACUGAGAGAGCAAAGCAUUUCUACAAUGCCCAGGAGAUUCCUGUCACCCUCUACAGUGAUGAAGAUGAAUGGCAGCUGUGGAAAGGUCGUUCGGACCCAGUCCUGCACAUCGAGCUCAGACGGUGGGCUGACCUCAUGUUGGUGGCACCUCUUGACGCGAACACGCUGGCAAAGCUCGCCAACGGCAUCUGUGACAACCUGCUGACUUGUGUCAUCCGUGCUUGGGAUCUGAGCAAACCUCUGCUCUUCUGCCCAGCUAUGAACACGGCCAUGUGGGAACAUCCCAUCACAGCUCAGCAGGUGGAGCAGCUGAAAGGCUUUGGCUACACAGAGAUCCCCUGUGUGGUGAAGAAACUAGUGUGUGGAGAUGAAGGUCGAGGUGCCAUGGCAGAAGUGUGGACCAUUGUGGAGAGUGUGAAAAGGACCCUUGAAGAGCGGGGCUUGCCGACGCAGAGCUGAUGGUUUGGCGUGAGAAUUGCAUUUGUUUGCCUCCCUGAUGACUUGAAGAUAAAACCAACAGGAA